UGAUGAUUUUAUGCGGUUAUGGGUUGCUUUCGCUGGAGCUUUUGAACCAUUCGAUGGUUGUUUUAUACACCCACUCUGGUAGUCGGUCAAAACUGUCUGUCUGUCUUCUCUUUCUCUCUCUCUGCAGCCUGCAGAUUCCCACUGUCACAGAUUUGCCACUGAUUAGUUUCAGACCCUCCCAAUUUAAAAGGGUUAAAAAGUUGGUUAGCUUUGUCUUGUACCAUUUUGUCUCAACUUCAGAGACUGUUAUAAAGGGAGACAUUAAAGGGGCUUUGUGAGCGUACUCGUACUCGUUGCAGAUUUUAAAACAAAGGGGAGGUGUUGCAGAUGGAGGAGACAAUGAAGCGUUUGGAUGGAGCCGUGGAGUGGCUUAGACCCUUUGCUGAGACCAACUGUUGGGACUAUUGUGUUGUUUGGACAUUGGGAGAUGAUCCCUCCAGGUUUAUUGAAUGGAUGGGUUGCUGUUGUAGUGGUGCUGGUUGUGAGAAUGACAAUGUCAAAGAGCAAACUUUGUCUCCUCUUUGCAGGGAUACCCACUUUGAGCAUCCCAUGAGAACAAAGGCAUGUGAGGCUCUUGCUCGGCUUCCUUCUUCUAUGCCACUGUAUUCUGGGUUACAUGGAGAGGUUGUGAUAUCAGCGCAACCCAGGUGGAUUUGCCAUGCCAAUGCCUUCAAUUCAGAUACUUCAAAUGAUUCAAUUGGAACCCAAGUUCUGAUCCCAGUUGCUGGUGGGCUUAUUGAGCUCUUUGUCGCCAAGCAUAUACCAAUAGAUCAAAAGAUCAUAGAGUUAAUCACCGCUAAGUGUGAUGUGUCUUUGGACCAAGGAGCCAUGAGUGCCUGUAGCGAUACCAGUCUGACCCUCGAUGAAUAUCAUCUUGAUCAAUUGUCUGAGGAGUACUUUCAACAUUGGCCACUUACCCUGCACUUGUUAAGUUCCAAUCCUAGGAUACAGGUUCUGCCUCCAGUGACCCAGUCCAGCUCCUAUCCUAGUGCUGAAGGAUCAUCCAGCAGUUCCAAUCCUUCGAAUGACUGUCCAUCGUUUGAUUUAAAUUCUGAUUUUAUCAAUCUACAUGGCUCUGGGAAGCAGUCAAUUGGUAAAUUUUCUGGCUCUAAAAAUUACAAUCAUAACGAGAGUUCAUUGAAGCAACAGGCAGAUUUGGUUUCAAAUUGUGGCAAUGUGGUAGAAAAUGAUGAAGGAAAAGUUGUCCAGAAGCCAGGUAGAGAACGUUAUCAUUCCAAAAAUCUUGUCACCGAGCGGAAAAGGAGGAACAGGAUUAAAGAUGGGCUUUUCACUCUACGCGCUUUGGUCCCAAAGAUAACCAAGAUGGAUAGAGCUUCAAUUCCUGCAGAUGCAAUUGAAUAUAUACAAGAGUUGAAGAAGGAGGUGGAGCAACUUCAGGAUGAGCUCAGGGAAAUUGAAGAAGUGGACUGCAAGAUGAAUAAAGCAGAGUUGAAGUUCACAACAUCAGAUAGAAUCCACAACGGCAGCACCACAUGUUUGCCGCCUACUGAGCAGAACCGCGGCUCAUCUAGCUUUGUAGAACAGAAGCAAACAGAGGUGCAAGUGGAAGUGAACCAAAUGAGCCAAAGAGAAUUCUUGAUUAAAUUCUACUGUGAGCAGAAACAAGGUGGGUUUUCGAGGUUGAUGGAGGCUUUAAAUUCGUUAGGGCUUCAAGUAGCUGAUGCCAAUAUCACCACAUUCUGUGGCAUGGUCCUGAACAUUCUCAAGGUUGAGGCUAAGAAGGACAUUCAAACACAAAAAUUGAGGGACUCUUUGAUCGAGCUAGCAAAGUUUAGACUAUAACAUCAGACAGUUGACUGACAAAGUUUUUACACCUCCUCUAUCAAUAUAGCAUCACUUGAUACUGCAUGAUUGUUGACAUGUCCUGUAAACUUCAAAUUUAGUAUAAUAUAUCUUGGAAAAAAUGAAAGUAGAGAAGGCUGAAAUUUUAGCUUUCUUAUUUUGUAUUUUUUCUUCAUUUCGUUUAUGAUGCUCGAUCGGGGUUCAUCAAGUGGGUCUUAUCCGUAACUUUCUUACCUUUUGUUUCAUUUGUGAGAAA